ACGGAGAUAUAUCACUUUCUAAUAAAACAAAAUAAACAUUUUCUAUCAUUUCAGAAUAAAAUAAAGCUCUAAAAUAUUGUAGGUUAGGUUAGAGUUCUACGUGCGGGCCGGACAAAAUCUUUCGCUAAAACUUUCGCAUAAUUAGUUGCGAAAGCGAAAGCGAAAGCAAGAGUCUAAAAUGAUGCGAAAGUCUCGCUUUCGCAUAUGCGAAAGCGAAUAUUCGUUACAACCCUAAUUUUUAUAUACACGUGUGUAUACUUAUAUUCUGCACAUCGUUUCAUUCGUGUAUUAUCAUAUGUUAUUUUACGCAACGCGAUCGUCUCGUACGCGAGUUAUCAACAUUUAUCAAUCGCGUUUAAGCAAUUGCCGCGAUAAUCACAUGGUUGAUUUCUACGGUGAUUCGUCGAGACGAGUCACGCGUAAUUUGAAAAGAAAACGCGAUAAGGGGAUUACACAUACAAAUUAUUAGUCAGUUCCGAUACGUACGUACACGUCCAAAAGCGAUAAUACAUUUUUUAGCAAUCAAACUCGGAUGAAGACACUUUUCAAAUUGUCGCGCGGUAAAGGCUGGCAACGUUGCGCGGCAAACUUCUCGCCCAUUCGUUGCGCGACGGGGAUGGCCGCGCUUUGUCGAACUCCGCCGACGGACCGCACGCGACUCUGACGCGGACUCCGGGGGGAAAAAAAAAAGAAGACGUACGAAGCGCAGCGCGGUAUCCGAUCGUCGGGUCGUCCCGACCUCGUCCAGAGUACGAUUCCCCGAGCGCCGAGGCGGUUCCCUCGACUCCCGGGUGGCGCGUGGCGUGCGUGGCGAAUCUUGCCAACUAUUUCCGGCGGGGCACGCCGACCGCAAGGUGACGUUUGCUGCUGACCGAGAGGUGUGAGUCGUGCUGCCGGAGAGAACUGUCGAGGGGCGAGAGGGCGAAGAGUCCGUUGCACACGUCAGGCUGACGAAACCCGAGGCGGACCUACGCAGUUCGCUUUGUGUCCCGGCUCGCCCGUUCCGGAUCCUCGCCGCGGAGCAGCGCAAGGCAACGGGAGAGCUCCGUCUCCCUCGGCUCCCCUCGCAGGUGUUCCGCGCGUAGUGUCGGCGCCCGCGCCUCCCCGCGAAAGAUGGGUCUGACGAUCAGCAGCCUGCUCACCCGGCUGUUCGGUAAGAAGCAGAUGCGGAUACUGAUGGUGGGCCUGGACGCCGCCGGCAAGACCACCAUACUCUACAAGCUCAAGCUCGGCGAGAUCGUCACGACGAUACCCACGAUCGGCUUCAACGUCGAGACGGUCGAGUACAGGAAUAUCUGCUUCACCGUGUGGGACGUGGGCGGCCAGGACAAGAUCCGGCCGCUCUGGAGGCACUACUUCCAGAACACCCAGGGCCUCAUCUACGUGGUGGACAGCAACGACCGCGAGCGCAUCAGCGAGGCGGAGCGCGAGCUGGCGAACAUGCUCAAGGAGGACGAGCUGCGGGACGCGGUGCUGCUGGUGUUUGCCAACAAGCAGGACCUGCCUAACGCCAUGUCCGCCGCCGAGCUCACCGACAAGCUGGGCCUCAACUCGCUACGGGGACGCCACUGGUACAUCCAGAGCACCUGCGCCACGCAGGGCCACGGCCUCUACGAGGGCCUCGACUGGCUGAGCAACGAACUGGCCAAAAAGUGAUAGCGCACCCUCAUCGCAUCCGGCACUCUCGAGGACCAGCACUCAUUCGUCGAGUACGGACGUGGGCUCACCCGGCAGCUUCCACCUUUGUCAAAUUGUUAUCGAUCUAAUGUCUAUCGCGUACGUUUUAACAGCCGCCGCGUUCACAAAUUGCUUACAGAUAUCGAAAUGCAGGGAUCGAGGGAUAUAGAUGACUCGGUGGUCACCGCACGCGGACGAUGCUCCGGGAGCGAGACUUGUUUCACUAAAGGAUCGCGAUACGGAUGGUCCUUGCGUUGCUAAGAGUAUACAUACGUUGUACAUAGUCCUAAGUUCUUUCACACAUACCUGUCAUUUGCCAAGCGAUUUCUAAUUUUGCCCUUUGAUGCGCCGAGUGACCAGGUCGCCGUCUCCAUCAGUCAAUUUUCAACCGUGUGCGUGGAAGAGAUUUAGGCUGACGAUAGAGAACGAUCCGUAAACGCUUAAGACUGUCUUGGGUCCGGUUUCUCCAACGUCGCUUUAAUCUUGGCUUAAACUCUGUCUUUGUCUCUUUCGAACUGUUAUUUUGGAAAGAGACAGACGUGAAUUAAACCAAGAUUAACGUUGAG